AUGAGAUAUGACACUGCUUGGAGAGAAGGAAGAAGGGUGGUUGAGUUAGGGGUGUUAGCAGAUGGGCUCUCUGGUUGUGAAGUUUGUGGCAUUCCUCUCCAUCUUUCUCAUACCAUGGGAAUUCUAACUUGUGGAUUAGGUUCAUUCCUGAAAGUCCAAUGUCAAAACACAACAUGUCAGCAUGUAAAUAAAAUAGCAACUGGAAAACGCCAUGGAAAGAUAUGGGAUGCAAAUACCAAGCUUGCCACAGGAAUGGUGCAUACAGGCAUGGGGCCUUCUCAGGUGAAUGCACUUUUAGCAUCAUUAAAUAUCCCCCCAAUCAGUUCUAGGACACUGCAAAACAGACAAAAUGAAACAGGAACAGUUAUGGAGAAAAUUGCAGUAGAAACUACCAGAAGCAGCCUUCAUGAAGAAAUUCAGGCAACUGUAGAGUAUGAAGGUACAGACGAGCUAACAGUCAGUGUUGAUGCAGGUUGGCAGAAACGAGGCAGUGGGCGAUCCUUUGACAGCCUCUCUGGUCAUUGCUCAAUGAUUGGAUCUCAGACAGGUAAAAUCAUUGAUUAUGAUAUACGAACAAAAUGCUGCAAAAUUUGUGAGAGUGCUACAAGAAGUGGAAAAGACCCCAAAGAUCACGACUGCCGAAAAAACUGGGAAGGAAGCUCUAAGGCGAUGGAAAAGGAUAUGGUAGCUAAAAUGGUCUCCAGAAAAAUGGAAGAAGGGGUGAACAUAACAAAUGUGGUUGCAGAUGAGGACACCACUACCUUUUGCCAUUUGAGAAACGUCCACAAAAACAUUACAAAGAUUAGUGAUAAAAACCAUAUAAGGAAAAUUUUCUCUUCAAAUUUGUAUGGUUUACAAUUAAAACACAGAUCACUGAGUACUAAAGUUAUUCGGUACUUAGUAAAAUGUUUUAAUUACAUGAUAUCACAAAACAAAGGGAAUCCGGUGGGAGUACAGAGAGGGUUGGAAGCACUAAGCAGACACCCUUUUGGAGAUCACAGUGCUUGCAAUGAAUCUUGGUGUUCCCAUAUCAGCAAUCCGAAACAGAAAUAUUCUGCUUUGCCAUAUGGGAAACCACUCAAGGACAGCCAUCUUCAAGAGUCCAUUCAACUUAUCUGCUCCAAGCUACUGAAGGACACUUCCAAACUUUCAAGAUUAGGAAGUACACAAGCAAAUGAAGCAUUCAACAAAUCUGUCUCCCUAAAAGCUCCUAAGAAUCAUCACUUUGGUGGAUCUGCAAGCCUCAGUUACAGAGUUUCAGCAAGUGUUGCAGAGAAAAAUGCAGGGCAGACAUAUCUGGUUGAGGUGAACAGAAGAGUUGGUCUCUCCCCAGGAAAGCACACAAGGAAAUUCUGCUAUUUGCGUGAUUCUCAAUCAAGAAAGAGAAAAGCCAUCGCAAGAACAAAGAAUGCAAAGAGGAAAAGAAUGCAACUGAAAGCCAAGAAAUGCCAGACUACAGCAUGUAAAGAGAUAAGAGAGGGGCCUACAUAUGAGUCUGGAGUUGGAAUCUCUGAUUCCAAUACUGUAGUUGAUGAAAUUCCACCACCAUCAUCUGCACCACAACCACAGAGUUUGUCAACCAAAGACAAAAAUUUUGUCUUCUUUGACCUGGAAACAACAGGACUUGCAAGAACAUCACACAUUCUGCAGGUGGCUGCCAUUUGUGGGAAGGAGACAUUUUUUUCCUAUGUAAUGCCUAAGAAGCAAAUCACACCCUCUGCCUCCACAGUUACUGGCCUAAAGCUUGAUAAUGGAACCCUCUAUCACCAUGAGAGGAAAGUCAAUGCUGUUUCAAUUUCAAGUGCACUUGGUUCUUUUUUAAGCUUUAUUGAGAAGCAAGGCAGUGUUAUUUUAGUUGGCCACAAUAUCAAAAGUUUUGAUGUUCAUGUUCUUUUUCAUGCUCUAGAUUCUUGCUCUCUGUUAGAUCGAAUGUCAAAAUGUGUACAAGGUUUUUUAGAUACCAAAUUUCUAUUCAAAAUUGUCCAUCCCAAUUUGUGUUCAUAUAGACAGGAACAUUUAUCAGAAGUGUUGUUAAAUUGUACUUACAAUGCACAUGAUGCUGUAGAGGAUGUUUCAGCUUUACAAAGGUUAUUUGACACUGUUCAUUUUUGUGAUGAUGAACAUUCAUCCUCUACAUUUACAUCUCAGUAUGCUUUGAGUGUCCAUAACUACCAGAAAGUUGUAGAUAGAAACAUUCCAUCCUUAAAAUGUUUAAUUGAUAAAAAUGUUCUGAGUGUCAGAAUGGCAAGGAAGGUGGCAGGUAGUGGCCUAGAUUUUGAUUGUCUCAGAUUAGCACAUUCUAGAAGUCCUGAUGGAAUUAACAAUCUAUUCACUGAGCAGUGUGACAACAAAUCUGUCAGAGUUACGAAGUGCAAGAAAAUUAUUGAUAUUGUUACACAGUUUUUCAUGUCUUUAAAUGAAAGUUAAAUGUCUGAUCACUACAUGCAUAAGGCCUGGAGUGUUGCAUUCCUGUAUUUUCCUAACAAACAUUGAGGUCAUACAUACAAAAUUAA